AUGCAUACGCCUGCCGUAGUGGCCCAGAAACGUGUAUUUCCGCUUGUUCCCACCGCAUCGUCACGCAGUUGCCAAAUCCCUUUUCUUCUACUCACCGGCUCCUCACGCCGGGACGGCAAUGGCCGUGAGUUGGACGGACAGGCGGAACGGCACACAGACGUCGGAGAGACACGAGGACAAACUGUGUGCGUAUGUUUGCUGAUGCUUGAACUUCUUCCCCUACAGGUUCUUCUUCUCUCUGUCCUUUCUUUGCAAUAUCACCCUAUCGGCUCAUAA